UUAACACAUGAAAACUUUGUAAUUUCAUCAAUUUUCUAAAUUUUUACAAGUUAAAAGUGUCAGCUGUCAUUUUAGUCUAUCAGCUGUCAAAUUUUCAUUCCCGUCGACUUGCGCUCCGCUCCGCUGAUCGAAAUUAACAAAAUUCUCAGCUUUUCUUAAUUCUACUGCCCGUACCACACAUAAAACACUACAAAAUGUCUGCCCUCCCAGCGCCCGUCAACGUUUCACCCCUGAUCCGCUUUGGACGAUGGGGAAUGCUCUCAGCUGGUAUUAUGUGGGGUAUGUUCCACCACAACAGGCUCAGCAAGAAGGAGACCGCGUUCAGGGAGGUUGAAGCCAAGCAGAAGGUCGCUCGUGACGCAAAAUUGGCCGCUGAAAAGAAGGCCGCGUCCGACAAAGAAAUGAAAGACUUGGAGGCUGCAUUGUCUGGCAAGUAGAUUAUUCAAUCAGAAAAGCAAAAGAGAAGAUUUAAAUACUGGGUAUCUUGUAAAUUAAGUGCAAACUUAUGUUCUGUGGGAUCGACAUGAUGCUGAUAGUGAAAUAAAUGUUAGAAAUUUA